AUGAAAUUUGGUUAUAACUCUAAUUUUCGUAUUCUACUUGGUAAUUCCAAUUUUUUAUUUAAAAACUUAAUUAAUUCCGGUGAAUAUCUGAGAUUUAAUACAAUUUCAUUACGAUCCUAUUAUUUCACAACCUAUCCUAAAGAUCAAACUUCCUCAACAAAUACCUUUAAAAUACCUCAUUGGCUAGAUAUACCAGGAUCUGAUAGUAAUUUUUUAUCUGAUACUUUAUCUGCUAAUUCACAAGAAUCAAAAAAUCUUUUCGACAACGGAUAUGAGUCUAGGGAACUAACUGAUAAAGUCGUUGUCUCGUCAGAGGAAAAGGGGCUGAAAAUAAUAAAUAAACCUAGACCGUUGAAGAAAAUAAGACCAUUUAUACUGAACGAGCUAAGCGCAUUUAACACGAGUCCAUAUAAGUUAAUCAAACCAAUAAAGAAGAACCCAGUUCUUAGCCAUAUCUGGAAAUUGAGAGUAAAUUCUACAUAUAGAAAAGGAUUGGAAAAAAGGCUUGUAGUAGGUUCAAGUGUAAUAAGGCAUAUUCUAACCCAUACGGAAGCGAGAUUUGAUACCAUUCUUACCACAGAUAAAGAUCUCAUAGACUUCGUCCUUUCAAAUCCCACAUUCAACUCUAGAUACUCAAGAAUACAACUUGUGGAUAGAUACACACUACAGUAUUGCUUAAGAGGAACGACACAUUCUAACAUAGCCCCAGACGCUGUGGCUGAUGCAGUCAUUCCCAAACCAAAUACACAUAUUACACCUAAGUAA